ACAAGAUAUUGACAUCACGCUCGAAGUAAGAGAGAAAGAAAUAAAGAAUUGGCGUGAGUCGCUCGCAAGUUUGUGAUGGCGGCCUCUUCUUCCUCUCUCUCUGCCUCCGACGACUCUUCUUCUCACCGUCGCAGGCGUCACCACCGCCAUCGCCGAUACCGUGAUAAGGACUCCCUCAAGAUUCGAAAGAAGAGCAAGUCCCAAUCCCAAUCCCGCGGAGAACGACGCCGUAGGCAUCACCGCCACUCUUCCGAUUCCGAUUCCUAUUCUUCAUCUUCCCUCUCUGAUUACUCCAGAAGUGAAAGUUCUUCUGAUAGUGAGCAUGAAACAUCUCACCGUUCAAAGAGGCAUAAAAAGAGUGACAGGCCAAAGAAGAAUAAGGAAAAGGAUCGAAGCAAAAGCCACCGCCAUAAGAGGCAGAAGCAUAAAGUAAAAGAGAAGCAGCAUGAUGAGAGGAGCAGCAGCCCUGUGCAGCUUUCCAAGUUUUUAGGGCGUGACAAAGAUGACGGUGUCCGUCGCAGUGCUGUAUCUGGCAAGAAGAUUCUUCUGAAACUUGAGAAAACAAAGGAAGAUAAAGUGGCUGAAAGCAAGAGAAACGAACUGCUGAACUUUUUAAAUGCUAGUUUUGAUUAGCAUUGAGAAGGUAUGGAUUUGAUAGAAGGGUACAACAAAAUCUGGGAAGGACCACAUUUACUUACACAGGUGCAGAAAUUAUUUUUCCGUUAUAAGAACCGGGCAGCCUACCAUUUCCUUGGGGAAGGGGAGUGGGAUAUCAUAAUAUUGUGCUUACCAUUGAAAGACAUGUAUGGUUCUCGAUCAGUGGAUUUCUCUUUUAUGAAAUUUGUUAUGAGCUUUUGUAGGAUGAGGAGUUCUUGACCCAACUGAUUCCAUACAUGGUAUUUUGAGAUUGGGCAAUCAUUGUGUUAUGUGCCAAGAUAUUUUUUUCUUGUGUUGAUUUGGGCACAUGUGACUGAAUUAUUAAAAAAUUUGUUCCCUUCUUGGUUUCCCCCCGAUAAUUGUUCUUAAAAAUAGGUUUGGAUUGAAUUGAUUCAACCUAAAGAUCUUAGGUUCAA